AAUUGGUGAUAUCGAUGUAUCGAUAAAGGUGCAACGGGCUUAAUCGUGCCUUGCUAACUUAAGUAUUUUUUAAGUGUUAAAAAGCUCAUGUUUACCUUAAUCCCAACUAAUAAAUAAUAAUUUUGCUACUAAAACUUAAUUGAAAUAAUGUCUUCUAACUGAUCGUAAGGAAUAGAAGGAACACCCAAGAAAGUUUUAAAAUUAAAAAUAAUCUGUAACUAAUUUCAACUGAAAUAAUUCACCACGAUUUUAAGAUGUUUCGAUAGGAAAGUAACUACCACAAAUCACGACAUUCGACUUGCAUAUCGAUAAGUUAUUUCUCCCAGCCCUUGAUUCUAUCGAGUCUGGUUUGUUUUUCUUAAAAAAUUCCAAAUAUUUAAAAUAAUUGUAAAUGGGCGAAGAAACAAGCAAUUCCACGCAAAAAACACGGACAAAGACCACGCGACCUAAGGCGGUUUACCUGUGGACAGUGAGCGAUGUGCAAAAGUGGUACCGCCGCCACUGCGGCGAAUACACCCAGUACGAGCAGCUCUUUGCCCAGCACGACAUUACGGGAAGAGCUCUGCUACGCAUCACAGAUUCCUCACUGCAGCGAAUGGGCGUGUCGGAUAACCGGGAUCGAGAAGCCAUUUGGAGAGAGAUUGUUAAGCAACGACUCAAAACGGACAUCAUGGAAAUCCGCGAUAUGGAGAGACUCAACAUACAUUCGUAAUUGUGAGCUUUCUGUUCUAGUUAAAUUUUGUUUUAGAUGUAGAAUA